AUGAUUGUCUUGAAAACCACAAUUGAAAAGGAGAUGUUGGAGCACAUAAGGAAAGCCAAAACACCAAAAGAAGCAUGGAACACCUUUGCCACACAAUGUUCAAAAAAGAACAACACAAGACUACAACUUCUCAAGAACGAGCUGUUAUCGGUGGCCCAAAGGAACAUGACGAUUGCCCAGUACUUUCACAAGAUAAAGUCUAUUUGCCAUGAAAAUUUUGAAUUAGACCCUAGUGCUGCAAUUGUAGAAUCCAUAAUAAAAAGAAUAAUUAUCCAUGGGUUGAGACCCAAAUACGGAGGCUUUAUUGCCUCUAUACAAGAAUGGCCAAACCAACCAUCACUUGUUGAGUUUGAAAAAUUGCUUGCCGAUCAAGAAGCUUUGGCAAAGCAAAUGGGAGAGGUCCUGUCAAGAGGUGAAGAUGAAGCGUUCUACACCAACAAAAGUAAAGGCAGCUUCAAGCAGCAUGUUGGUAGAGGAUCUAAGAGAAAUGGUGACAAGGCAAAAUGUCAUCAAGAAGGAGGAAGUUUUCAUCAAGGGGGAGUUCCAACGUAUCAUGACAAUUGUAGUCAGUCCCAGAACAAUAAAAGGUUUGAGGGAAAACGCUACAAUUGUGGAAAGAAAGGCCACAAGGUGAAGGAUUGCUGGUUCAAAAGGCAUGCAGAGAGUAAUGUUGCCACUUCCAACUUAAAAAAGAAAAGUGAAGAUGAUUGGGACGCCGUAACAUAUCUGGCCAUAUAA